AUGGAAAACUCCAGUGAGAUAGUGUCAUUUGUGCUGGCUGCUUAUGGAAAUGUUGGGGAGUUAAAAUACCUGUAUUUUGUAAUAAUAUUGUUCUGGUACCUCUCUAUAUGUGUGGCCAACACAGUCCUUAUUGUGGUCAUACGUGUGGACAUACAGCUGCAUGAGCCAAUGUAUAUACUGCUUUGUAACUUAUGUGUGAACCAGAUAAAUGUCAGCGCAUCACUGUAUCCUCUUUUGCUCUCACAGAUGUUUUCAGACAGCCAUGAAGUGACCCUGCCGUGGUGUUUUCUGCACAUGUCUUGCAUGUACAUAAGUGGACCUGCUGAGUUUUGCAGUUUAGCAGCCAUGGCCUAUGACAGAUAUAUCUCAAUCUGUCAUCCAUUACGCUAUAAUGUCAUUAUGAAAACAGAGAGAGUGUUUCUCAUGAUUCUGUUUGUGUGGAUAUAUUCAUUCCUUAGUGUAAUACUAUCAUUCUCAUUUAUCUUCAGUUUGAAAUUUUGCGGAACUAUUAUUGAAAAUGUGUAUUGUAACCACAGAUUAAUACUUAGACUUUCAUGUUUGGUUUCAGUCCAUAGCUUUUUAUCUGAUAUAUUCUUUCUGUUUGUGAGCUUUUUCAUACCAUUCACUCUCAUUUCAGUGUCUUAUGUUAAGAUUUUGGCAGUUUGUCGAAAAACAUCCACAGAAAACAAGCAGAAAGCUGUGACUACUUGCAUCCCUCAGAUCAUCUCUGUGUCAAACCUCUUUGUUGGCUCAAUUUUUCAGUGUAUCGAUUCUAGUGUUAUAGUUGCUCGUCUACCAGUCCGUAUAAUUUUAUCUAUAUAUCUUUUCAUUUGUCAACCAAUGCUGACUCCAUUUCUCUAUGGAUUUAAUUUGCCCAAGAUAAGGCAAUCAUGUAAAAAGCUUUUGUUUAAGAAAAAAUCAAUAGCUUUGUUCACCAAGAGACUUUUCUAG